GACGUGUAGAAAUGAAGAAGAUGUUUCUCGUGUUAGUUUUGCUGCAUUUCGAUGGUGUGUUUGGUGUUGAUCCAGAUAAAGUUAAGUCAGUGUCAGUGAUGGAGGGAGAUUCUGUCACUUUACACACUGAUGAUACUGAAAUACUGAGAGAUGAUGUUUUACAGUGGAUGUUUGGAGCUCAGAAUCCAGAUACUGUUAUAGCACAAAUCAACAGAGAAGCAAAUAUAACCUCAAUAAUGGACGAACAGUUGAGAUUCAGACUGCAGCUGAACGAUCAGACUGGAGAUCUCACCAUCACAAACAUCACAACCGCACACACUGGACUUUAUAAAGUACAGAUCAUCACAAACACAAUAUCAUUUAAUAUAUUCAAUGUGACUGUUUAUGCUCGUCUGCCGGUUCCUGUGAUCAUCAGAGACUCUUCUCAAUGUUCUUCAAGCUCUAAAUGUGUGUUGGUGUGUUCAGUGGUGAAUGUGACACAGGUGACUCUCUCCUGGUACAAAGGAAACAGUUUAUUGUCCUCCAUCAGUGUGUCUGAUCUCAACAGAAGUCUCUCUCUACAUCUGGAGUGUGUCGAUGAUUCUUACAGCUGUGUGAUCAACAAUCCCAUCAGAAACCAGACUAAACAUCUCAACAUUACUGAAGUCUGUCAGCCGUGUUCUUCAGGUACAACAGCAGUAAUGGACCAUGAUUGGAUGGGUCAAGUUUCUGAUCACCUUGAUGUCAGUGAUGUGUAA